GUGAGAAAGAAUUUCAACAGUGCAAAUAGUGAGAAAGAAGUCAAAAAUCUGUGUAAAUAAUUGUUCCUGUAAGAUGUUUUUUUGUAAAGCAUAUUUGCACAAUAUCUAAAACUUAAGUAAAGACCAUUCCUCUGGUUAAAUAGUGGCAGAAAUAUACAAGCAGUUGUGAUUGGCUGUGUGAUGUGCCGCUCCUAACUCUACUGCUUUGCACAGAAGAGGAGCAGAUGGUGGCGGAGGAGGAGGAGGAAGUUGAGGAAGAGGAGGUAGAAGAUACAGAAGAAGACAAUGAAGAAGAAGCCAAACGCAAAUCCAAGCCUAGUUUUGUGCCUGGCCUGGCACCACCAAAAAUCCCAGAUGGAGAAAAGGUGGACUUUGAUGACAUUCACAGAAAGCGCAUGGAGAAAGACCUGACAGAGCUGCAGAGUCUGAUCGAGGCUCACUUUGAGAAAAGAAAAAAGGAGGAAGAGGAGCUAGUGAACCUCACCGACCGAAUUGAGAAACGCAGGUCGGAACGAGCUGAACAAAUGAAGAUCAGAGCAGAGAGAGAAAAGGAACGGCAGAACAGAAUGGCGGAAGAAAAGGCCAGAAGAGAAGAGGAAGAAGCAAGAAAGAAAGCUGAUGAAGGCGCUAGGAAAAAGCUCAUUCUAAGCAACUUGAGUUUCACUGGAUACAAGGCACAAAAUGGAACUAAAAAACAAACCGAGCGGGAGAAGAAAAGGAAAAUUUUAAAUGACAGGCGCAAAGAGUUGAACAUUGACCACCUCAAAGAUGACAAACUCACGGAAAAAGCCAAGGAACUGUGGGAGCGCCUGCGCCAACUAGAGGCUGAAAAAUAUGAACUGCAGUACAAGCACACAAAGCAGAAAUACGAGGUCACUGUACUGAGAAAUCGUGUCAGUGAUCACCAGAAAAUCUCUAAAGGAGGACGGAGCAAACGUGUUCUCAGGAAGUAACUGUCACCUCCAGCGGCAGACUGGCAUGCAUGAGUGCAAAAAGAUUAAUUGUAAUGGUUUGUUAAUACUUGAAACAGAAAACCCAGCUAUUCUAGAGAUACUCAUAUACUCAUAUACAGUCUCUGAACAGUGGUGCAUGCUGAACUAACAUUGUACAUUGGACUGUUUAAAGCUAUUUAUAAAGUUAGAGUUAUAUAGUUAGAUAUUAAGUCUGAAUAACAUACUAUAAACAGGUAAGACUGACAACUGUAUUUUUUUGUCUUGAAUGGACUACACCAUUGUAACAGAAAUAAAAUCAUGAAAUUGUGAGAAUCAUUUUUUUUUACAGUGGGAUGGCCUUGAGUGAAAGUAUGAACAGCCACACCUUUUGAAGCUUGAGAGAUACUAAGCUUAGGCAAAUACAGCUGUGGCUGGCUGACUGAGGUCACUGUAACAGAGCUGUAAAAGCAAAGAUAGUUAAUAAAGCAUUAGAAGAGAUAAAGAAAAGGCAGCAAAAUCAGGCUAUUAUAAUAGCGUAAUUAUACUUACAGCUUUGUCACACAUAAUAAAACAUGUCCAGUGU